GGAGCUACACAGGGUUGUGGCAGCACUGCCUCAAAAUAUGACAGCAGAUUCUAAUUCUUAUGGGUUUCCAUGGGAAUUCAUUAUAUGGGCAGCUAUUGUUGGAUUUUUUGCUGUUCCCUUUUUUUUUUGUGGAGAAGUUUGAGAUCGGUUAGGAGUCGUCUUUAUGUGAGAAGAGAGAAAAAGCUUGCCGGUGUGUUUUCUGAACUAAUUGACAAAAAAUGUAAACUACUUUAAAACCUUACCCUCGUUAAAAAAGAGCAUGAAGACUGUGAAGUAGAGUCAUCUUUAACGGAGGCCAGCUUUGAGGAGCAGGCAGUAGAGGCAUGAAGUUUGGAGGCAACAAGUGAAAAGCUGAGCAGGUCCAAUGAUGAACUUGAGGAUGAGAUACUUGGUCUCAAAAAAGAGUUAAAAGAACAGAAAUCAAAACAUUCUGAACAAAAGCAACUGAUGGCAGAUAUUUCAAAAAUGAUACAGUCUCUAGAAGAUGAGUCAAAAUCUCUCAAAUCACAAGUAGCUGAAGCCAAAAUCAUCUUCAAGAUAUCUCAAAUGAAUGAAGAACAACUGAAGAUAGCAAUAAAAGAUGCCUUGCAUGAAAAUUCUCAACUUCAGGAAAGUCAGAAAGAGCUUUUGCAAGAUGUUGAAGUAUGGAAAGAACAAGUGAGUGAACUUAAUAAACAGAAAAUAACAUCAGAAGACUCUGGAGCACAUGCAGAGCAAGUUCUAAAUGAUAAAGACAAUCACAUCAAGACUCUGACGGAAUGCUUGCUGAAGAUGAAAGACUGGGCUGCUGUGCUUGGAGAAGACAUAAUGGAAGAGGAGAACUUGAAAUUAGCAAUGAACACCGAAUCAGAAGAUGGUGCUAACUUAGAUCAUCCUCCAAAAGGAGCUUUGAAGAAACUGAUUCAUGCUGCUAAGUUAAACGCUUCUUUAAAAAUCUUGGAAGGAGAAAGAAACCAAAUUGAUUUUCAGUUAUCUGAGGUUGAAAAAACAAAGGAAGAGCUUACACAGUGUAUUAAAAAUCUUCAGACUCAACAAGCAUCUUUGCAGUCAGAAAAUACACAUUUAGAAAGUGAGAAUCAGAAGCUUCAACAGAAACUUAAAAUAAUGACUCAGUUCUAUAAAGAAAAUGAAAUGAGACUCUAUAAGAAAUUAACACUACAGGAAAACAGCUGGUUAGAGAAAGAAGAGAAACUUUCUAAAGUAGACAAAAAAAUCGUCCAUGCCACCGAGGAACUGGAGACCUAUAGAAAGCGAGCCAAAGAUCUCGAAGAAGAACUCAAGAGAACUAUUCAUUACUAUCAACGGUGGACUACUGUCUAUGAGAAAAAAGCACAUCGUAAUCGGUUGGCAGCUCAGACUGCUGAAGGAAACCUCAAUGAUUUAAGGAAAGAAAAUGCUCACAGCAGACAAAAAUUAACUGAAAUAGAGUUUAAAUUUAAACUCUUAGCAAAAUAUCCUGAUGCAUUUGAUGUUCCAAAUAGGGCAUUUGGCAGAGAACAUUCCCCGUAUGGUCCCUCACCAAUGGGUGGACCUUCAUUUGAAACGAGAGCUUUUCUCUGUCCUCCAACUUUGUUGGAGGGUCCACUCAGACUCUCACCUUUGCUUCCCAUGGGGAAAGGAAGAGGCUCAAGAGGCCCAGAGAAUCCUCUGCAUCGUCAGAGUACCAAUGAAAGAGGAGAAUCAACCUGUGGUAGGUUACCAGAUCUUCACAGGGCUCCUUCUGACACUGGGUUCCUGUCACCUCAGUGGGAACAGGAUCGUAGGAUGAUGUUUCCUCCACCAGGACACCAGGUCUACUGUGGUUGUAGACAAAUGAGAAAGUAA